GGCCACGCGCAGGCGACGUCUCGCGGGCAGCGCGCGCGGGAGCCGAGGCCGGCGGGGCGCGCGGCGCCGUCAUUGCCGGGUCUGGCGGUCGGCGGGGACCCGCUGGCGGCCGGCGCCGAGGGGCACCUUCCCCCUUCCCCCUCGACCUCCUCCGCCUUCAGCGACGAAGGGGCCGCCCGGCUUCCCCGCAGCGGCUCUCGGCGGCGGGCCGUGACCCCUCGGGAGCUACCAUGGACAGGACCGCCGUGGCGAAGAUGGGAGCGGUGGCCAGCGCCAGCGUGUGCGCCCUGGUGGGCGGGGUGGUGCUGGCCCAGUACAUCUUCACCAUGAAGAAGAAGACGGCCUGUAUGCAAGCCCUGCGUCUCUGGACUCUGCUUGCCACCUAUGCUGUUGCAGUAGGACAAAAUCAAGGACAGAAGAAUCAGGAGUGCCCUAAGCUCAACGCACAGAUGCCAGAAUUUCAGAAGAAGACUGUCCAUAUUAAGGACCCAGGGAGAGUAGAAGAGAUUAUUUGUGGCCUCAUCAAAGGUGGAGCUGCCAAACUUCAGAUUAUUACAGAUUUUGAUAUGACAUUAAGUAGAUUUUCCUACAACGGAAAAAGAUGUCCAACUUGUCAUAACAUCAUUGAUAACUCUAAGCUCAUCACAGAGGAAUGCCGGAAAAAGUUAUUGCAGCUGAAAGAAACCUAUUAUGCUAUUGAAAUUGAUCCAGCUCUCACUAUUGAAGAAAAAUAUCCAUAUAUGGUAGAAUGGUACAAUAAAUCUCAUGCCCUACUCAUUGAACAAGGCUUACAAAAGGAUAAGUUUGCAGAAAUUGUGAGGGAAUCUGAUGUUAUGCUGAAAGAAGGAUAUGAGAACUUCUUUGAUAAGCUCAGUGAACAUAAUAUUCCCGUGUUCAUAUUUUCUGCUGGGAUUGGGGACAUUCUUGAGGAAGUUAUCCACCAGGCUGGAGUCUACCAUUCUAAUGUCAAAGUGGUUUCCAAUUUCAUGGAUUUUGAUGAAAAUGGAAUAUUAAAAGGAUUUAAAGGAGAAUUGAUUCAUGUUUACAACAAACAUGAUGGUGCCUUGAAGAAUACAGAGUACUUCAAACAACUAAAAGACAACAGUAAUAUCAUACUGCUGGGUGACUCCCAAGGAGACUUGAGUAUGGCAGAUGGAGUUGCAAAUGUUGAACACAUUCUUAAGAUCGGCUAUCUCAAUGACAAAGUAGACGAGCUUUUGGAAAAAUAUAUGGACUCUUACGAUAUUGUCUUGGUGAAAGAUGAAUCCCUGGAAGUUGCCAACUCCAUCCUACAGAAAAUCCUGUAAAUUGCAGUCUCAAGUCACUCCAUUCCUUCCAGGAGGCAACUGGACAGAAGAGCACACAUGUGCUAUCUUAGAUUGUUUAUUACUCAUUUACAGAACUGUUUAAUUUAAUUUAAGACUUUUAUCUUCAUUUGGGUAUUUGGAAAUAUAUAUAUGGUAUCCAUUGUCAACUAGAAGCUCCUUUUACUGCUCUUAGGCUGUUCUUUAUUGUCUCACACUCCUAUUAUAACUAGAUUUAAAUUGGAUUUAUAGAUGUGAUAAACUGCUGCUGCUGGGAUACUAUGGUUCACUGUCUUUUAAUCAAGCAUUUCAGAGGAGCAUUUUAGAAAACGUGGCUAUUUUGUAAAAUUGAAGAUGUAAACGUUCUGUGAAUAAGCAGUGUGCGCGUUCGUGUUGCCUUUUCUUCUUUCAAAGAAGGUAUUUCAGUCUCAGCUGUACUUUGAAGGAUCAUACUCAUAUGCUACAGACUUUCGCAGAAGUUUUUCAUACAUAUAUUUUUCUUCAGUAAAAAUGCUUUAUUCACGCAAUUCAGGCAAAGUGUUUCUUCUUAAUAGAUUUUUGUAUCAUUACAAAA